UUGAAAAUCAAGCAAAUCUUACUUUCUUCACAUGGCUUCCCCCACUAACUUCCUUGUUCAUGCAUUUCUCUUGUUGGCUCUUGCAACCACUUCCUUUUCCUUAUCACCCAAAUUUUACGAUAAAAUUUGUCCCCAAGCUUUGCCUGCCAUCAAGAAAGUAGUCGAGGCUGCCGUCCACCGCGAGCCUCGGAUGGGAGCCUCUUUACUUCGUCUGCACUUUCACGACUGCUUCGUUAAUGGCUGUGACGGUUCACUUCUUCUGGAUUCUACACCAGCUUUCGAAACCGAGAAAAAUGCACGUGGAAAUCUGAAUUCCGUGAGAGGCUUUGAAGUUGUUGACCAAAUAAAGACCGAAGUUGAUAGAACUUGUGGACACCCCACUGUCUCUUGUGCUGAUAUCUUAGCUGUGGCAGCUCGUGAUUCAGUAGUUGCGCUUGGUGGUCCGACAUGGAAGGUCCGGUUGGGGAGGAGAGACUCAACCACAGCUAAUAGAGCCUUAGCUGACAGCGUGCUUCCAUCGGCUUCAAUGGAUCUGCCUGCAUUAAUCAACAACUUCAAGAAUCAGGGCUUGAACCAAAGAGAUCUCGUAGCUCUCUCCGGUGGCCACACUAUUGGAUUGUCACAAUGUGUAAUCUUUAGGAAUAGAAUAUACAAUGCAACCAAUAUCGACCCUGCCUUUGCUAAACAACGUAGAGCCACCUGCCCACGAGCCGGAGGCAACACUAAUCUAGCUCCUUUUGAUUCAACGCCCGCCAAGUUCGACACUGCGUACUUCAAUAACCUAGUGAAGCAAAGGGGUUUACUCACCUCGGAUCAAGCACUUUUCAAUGGUGGAUCAACUGACAGACUUGUAAAGACUUAUAGCUCGAAUCCAGAUGCUUUUUGGGAUGAUUUUGCAAAGUCUAUGAUUAAGAUGGGGAACAUUAAACCUUUGACCGGAAGUCAAGGACAAAUUCGUGUCAGUUGCAGGAGGGCAAAUUGAUGAAAGCAACAACAGUUAAUUGUUCUUCUUGUUGUA